CAUCUCUGGUCGCCCACUGCCGAAGUCUUGGCUUCCGGCCAUUUAUUGUUGGAGCGUCGCUCAUCAUGCCUUCGCAGUGCACACACAUUUCAACCACAUACUUGGUCAACUUGCACCUGCAUGACGUUAUGAGCUCAACCAAUCGGUCACUUUGACAGCAGGAUGCCGGUUCUUCAAUCGCCGUUCAGAAGGAAGAGUUGCGCGCCUCAUUGGUAGCAGCAUUUCAGAGGGCCUUUACCCAGCGCCUGGGACUCCACAGGCAGCUUGUGCGCCCGAUCGGCCUGUAGCGCAGCCGUGUGGCUCAUUCCUUGCCCGGCCUUUGAAUCAAAGGCCAUCGAGCAUUGAGCUAAGGUGUCCUACCACGGCUCGCAUCCAGCAGAUCCGCCUGUUGACCUCGACGGCGUUUGACCAUUGACCGAUCCUAUGAGCAAAAGCGCUUUUGCAAGCAUUUUUGUUCAUGUUGGCAGGAUCUUCUCAGCAUCGCGACCUCCACCGCGACGCAGCACGUCAGGACAAGAUGGGUGAACUCAGCUUUAACUCAUCUUCGCAAGGGUCCACUCGAUCUUCAAGCCCUGCGCAGUCUUCCGAUAGAACCAGCGUUAUCAAUGCAGCAGACAAUCUCUUGCGGCCACCUCUGGAGGCCAGGGAAUGGGACAAGUGGCUGGCAAAUUAUCAGACAGGCAAUUGGCAACGCUUGCAGCUUUCGCGAUACGAGGAACUUCCUGCAGGAGAUGCGAGCGUGCAAGGAAAGUGGAAUGGACCCUGGCAAUCGAUGACGGACGAGCCCGGCGAUAUCAUUCACUCGCUACAAGUCCACAAUCGCCAUUGCUAUCUCCCUUCGCCAGACAUUUCGAAGAUGAACAAGAAGAAGAGGGUGGCAGCACUGCGACGACAUGGCUUUACCAAGCCACAUCACCGGCCGCUGUUAUCACGGUACACCAAGCACGCUCAGGCUGUGUUCCGAGCGCCUUAUGCAGCUCUUUUCGUCGCCUCAACGAAUGACCAUGAUAUGCUGGUCUUUUCCCAGGAGGGUGACGUGGACAGCGUCAAGACGGUACCCCGUUUCAUGACAAUAUGCGCCCACGACAUGCUGCUCAAAGACGAGGUCCUUGUCGUCCCGGAUACCAGAGAAGAUUGCCGCUUCGAAAGCCUUCCUUCGACACUUGGAGUCGGCUUCAAGUGCGCCGAGGGCGGAGCGCCGUUCUAUUUCUACGCAUCUGCGCCUUUAAAGCUCUCAACUCCUUCGAUGGACCCGCGAGUGUCAGAGGAGCAUGUACUGGUCGGGCGACUGUGCAUCCUCGACCACCAACCCAGACAGUUUGGCGAGGCCGACCGCGCACUGUUAUCCAACAUCGCAUCCAUGACGUCCGAAGCGCUGGAGAACGAGUUUCGGGGACGUCAGGCUGCCAAAACAAAGCGCAUACAGCAGACGAUCAGCUUCCUCGCCAGCUCUAUCGAAGACCCUGACGUUCUCGAAGAAUGCAAGGGCAGCGAGCAGGAUCGGCACCCACCACAAGCGAAUUCAUGCACGGAUGACAAUGAGGAUGUGUCGUCUCAAACCCCCAUCUGCAGAAUGCGAACACAUCUUGUCUGCGACAGCCUGAGACAGACGCUGGGUGCCUCUGCUGGGAUUGCAAUCGACGUCGCGCCACUCAAAGCCCACAAGUCUUCACGGUGCCGACGCUCAAAUCAACAUCAAAAGUCGGUGUAUCCGCAGAUGCCUUGGCUUGCAGAGGGCUCGCCCUCGCAAUCUUGUCCUGCGACGCCGCCACCAAUGACCGCAUCCGGUGGCAGGGUGUUCGGGAUGAGUCCUGACUUGGGGACUUCUGGAAUCAGCACCUCACCCGAAAGCUCCGCACCACGGCAUACCCUGCAGCAUACCCGCUCCAGCUCGUCUGGCGCCUGGCUCCCGCAUAGGUCCGACGAAGACCCAAUCCAGCCGACGAUCGACCCCGAUCAGUUCCCGCGCUUGCGCGCUUUCGCUGGCCCCUCAAGUGCGCGCGUGGAUGUGGAGAACGGGAUUGCUGCGCGCGAGUUGCGUGACUUUCUCGUCAAUCUUCAGAGCAUGCUGACAAAUGAGUGGACCUCUGCGCAAUUCUACUCGACAUGCACCGAAGAAACGCUCCACGAGCAAGAAGGCGAAGACUGCUCGGAGGCAAGCCAGUCAGAGACGUCAACCACUUUGGCGGAGUCGAACCCUCUCGCGUCCAUCUUGCCGAAAGACACGGCAAUGUACGCGACAGUGCCCAUCUUCACAGCCCACGGGUCACAGCCGUUGGUGCUCCUCGUUGUCACCUUCAAGGAGCUGGUUGCGCUGGAUACAACAGACCUCCUCUUCCUGAAUGCAGCCGGAAGCAUCCUGCACGCGUCCAUCAUGCGCCAACAAGCAGGCGCAACUGAAAAGGCGCAGUUGCGCUUUAUCCAAGCAGUGCAACACGAACUGCGCACGCCGCUCCACGGCAUUCUGGGGAUUACGGAGUUUUUGCGACAUUCUGUAGGCAACAAAGCGCUAUCAGCCGAAGCGGAGAAGGCGGGACUGUCAGAAGAUAGGUUCUUGACUUGUUGCCUGGACAUGAUCAAACGUGCUGGCUCGGGGCUCUCGUCGCUGCUAGAUGAUGUGCUCGACUUUGGGCAGGUCUCUGGUGUGCAUAGGUCGGACUCUGCCAACAACCAAGAUCCUGCACAGGUUAUCAAUCUUGGCUGGCUAGUGGAAGAGGUCGCAACUGCAGAGCUCGAGAAUGCGCGGAUGGUAAAGCAGCAUCAAGGAGCGUUCCGCAUCGAUACGGAGGUGAACGUGACGAUGCCCGAGAUGAUCAUCGGCAUCCAGGACGAUAUUCGCCAAUGGUCAUGGGCAGUGCAAGUCAACUCUUUCACCAAGAUUCUGCAGAAGAUUAUCAGCAACGCGCUGCGCUUCACCAUGGAGGGCUCAGUUGAGAUUGUAGUCGGCCUGUCCCAAGGUCAGCGUAACGGGCAAAAGGAGGCUGGGGAGGAAGAGAUUAGCUUGAUCAUCCAGGACACGGGUGCUGGCAUGACGCAAGCCUUUGUGGACGAUGGUCUGCUCAACCCGUUCGUCAAGUCCAAUUCUUUUAUGCCUGGUGCUGGCUUAGGUAUGACACUCGCAGCGUCCCACAUCAAUGCCUUGCGGGGCACUUUGCACGUCUCAUCGCACCUGCACAAGGGCACGCGCAUCAGUGUCAUUCUGCUGGCGCGGCGCAUGCAGAAGAUCGACGUGCAGCCAUUGUGCUUCCGCGUUCAAAAUGCGGGGGGCGCGGGCAAGGCGCAGGUCAACUCUGUCUACUUCGUGGGCGUUGAUGAUACGCACGUGCUGCGCAAGAUGCUCCAGCGUUUCUUGCUAUCUCGCGAUAUUCUAGAGGUCAGCGAUGUCAAGGACGCUGACCUGGUCGUGAUCGAGGGCAGCCACGACACCAAGGACAGGCCGCUCGAAUUGCAACAUUCUGCCCGUUUAGUCCUACUGCAAAACUCGGCUUUUCUUGCACAGCAAGACCUAUCGCGGUUUGAUGGACAUGCGAUGCACGCGAUGAAGUCUCCAUUUGGGCCGGGAGAGUUGCUACGUCUCGAUUCGUUCUUACACGAUGCGACGCCGAUGAUACUCAAACAACCGAUACCACCGAUACCACCAAAGGCACCCAGUGCGAAUGGUGCACCAGCAAAGCACCCGUCAAGCACGCUACAAGUUCCCGACUCCCCCUCAAGAGCUGCAGAAUCUGUGCCACACAUCUCUAACGUAAUCCGAGCAGGCGCGGAGCCUGGCUCCGAGAAGGAAUUCAGGGUGCUCGCAGUUGAGGACAAUCCCAUCAACAUGAGGCUUCUCACCUCUACCCUAAAAAAGCUGGGCUAUAUGUAUGAGGAAGCCAAAGAUGGCGUGGAAGCAGUCGUCAAGUACAUCUCCUUCCGCCCUUCUGUCGUCCUCCUCGACAUUUCUCUGCCGCGUCAGGAUGGAUUCGAGGCAUGCAUGCAGAUGCGUCGACACUCGCUCGAGCACACACCACGCAUUGUUGCCAUCACCGCGCUCUCCUCGCCUCAAGACCAGCAGCGUGGCAUCGACAUCUGUGGCAUGGACGAGUGGCGCACCAAGCCAGUUUCGCCUCGUACUCUCUUUGCGGACCUCCAGCAUUGGCAUGCGGCUUGGCUCGACGCGCAUCUGUCCUCUCUUACUUCAGCAGCGCAGCCAGCUUCCAUAGCGCCUCAGGUGUAAAACGCACCUACAUCAGCAUUUGCCGUCUCAUGUUCGAUUUUAAGAUUUUGGCGCCUGGUUGUUUUGCAUCUUCAUGGCUCGACAGUACUCUUUUGGUUCAGGGAAUUGGCACACAAAUUUCCGGCAUUGCAUGUAAUCUGUUGACGGCAUUUGGACCCUUUUUUGUUGAUAUGCUCGACUAAA